GAAAUAAGCACUUUAUUUACUGGCUGGUUCGCGUUUAAACGCUCAUACUUUAUAAUUGAAAAGUGUACAAAGUAUUAGCUUUGUCAUCGAUGGCUGGAAAUUCCAUACCGAGGCAUCAUCGAAUCCCCAUUCCCCAUGAAUGAGAAAAUCCCUUGUCUCUUCAAAGUAAAUGAACCGGUGAGAAACGGUCAAAUUUGUCAAGAGUCCCAAAAAUAAAUUCUUGGGUUAUGGUUUUACUCAUGACUGGUAAGCAAGCCAAUGAGUGGAGUUUGAAAAGGGUCGACUCAAAAACCCUCAUGCAAGUUUCUUGUAUUUCUGCACAUCUCUGUUCAUCUGAUAACAUGGCCCGUAUUCCUAUCUCUAUAUUGACCGGCUAUCUCGGCGCUGGCAAGACCACUUUACUUAAUCGCAUCCUUCACGCCUCCAGAAACGUGGCGGGCGUACCACACCGUAUCGCUGUCAUUGAAAAUGAGUUUGCUGCCGCCUUUGGUGUUGAAAAUGAGAUCCUUGAUGAGGCAAAAAUGGAAGACAUUCAAAAUCUUUACGAAUUCGGCAUGGGUUGUGUUUGCUGUUCUUCUACUGGAGAGCUCAUUAAUGCUCUUUACGAAAUCGCAGACAGGAAUCAUCAUGAAUCCAAAGAGAAACAGAUCGACCACGUUAUCCUCGAAACAACAGGUUUGGCUGAUCCUGCUCCCAUUCUGGAUAUCAUCACCUUGGGUGCAGAUAAAUCUGGUCAAGACCCCAUUGUGCGCAACUUUUACGUCGAUGGCAUCGUGACGCUGUUGGAUGCCAAACACUUUCUUUCUCGUCUUCGUCCCGGUAGCAAAUACAAGAACGAACCACUCGCGCAAAUCAUGACAAGUGAUCUCAUCAUUGUCAACAAAGUGGAUUUGCUGAAUGAGGCGGACAAAUCGUCGCUCGAUCAAAUUAUGGACAUGGUGAAAAAAGAAAAUGCUGAAGCUCGGGUCGUGGCAACAUCAUUUGCCGAUAUUGAACCGACGGAAUUUUUCCAUCUCCGAAAAGAACAACAACGUGCCAUAUUGAGUCAGCAUGCACAACAAGAGGCUACUAAGCAACACGAUCCUUCCAUCGAGCAAUCGAUGCUACUUGUGGACGGUGAAGUGGACCUUGAGGCUACUAUGGCCUUUAUCAAACGUGCCAGUCAAAAAUUAGGAGGCUCGCUUUACCGCUUGAAAGGGGUGCUUGCAGUUCAAGGUAGAAACAAACUUGUCGUACAAGGUGUGAGUGACGACAUUAAUGUCAGCGAGCACAAAGCGUGGAAUUCCGAUGAAAGUCGGCAGAGUCGGCUUACAUUUAUUGGAAAGGACGUACGAAAAUAUGUAGAUGAACUAGAAAAAGAAUUUGAACAGUGCUUGAUCAAGAAAUAGCAUCCUGUGAUCUUUUGAGCGGUGUCUCAAAUUGUAUUGUUUUUUUUUCAACGGCUCCGACGCGUCGACAAAAUUUUAUUCCUGUUGUUUCUUUUUUCUUCUUUUUCCUCUUAUUCUUGUCUAUUGUUUGAUUCACCAUGUCUGAUAUGAACACUG